AUGGAUGAUGUGGACAAUAAUAUAGGUUGUGGAGGUGGUGAAGACGAUGAAUUUGUUAACGAAGAUAUUCAAAAGAAGUUGGAGGAUGCGGAAACUCCUUUAUAUGAAGGGUGUGAGAAAUACACAAAACUUUCAUCAAUUGUAGCUUUAUAUAAGUUGAAGAAUCUGAAUGGUUGGACAGACAAAAGUUUUACUGGACUAUUAGAACUCCUUUGUGAUAUGUUUCCCAAAAACAAUGUACUUCCUGAUUCCAUGUACUCAGUUAGGAAAUUUUUGAGAAAUUUCGAUUUGAAAUAUGAAAAGAUUGAUGCUUGUAUUAAUGAUUGUUGCUUAUUUAGAAAGGAGAAGGCUAAAAUGGAUGUUUGUCCUAAGUGUAGUGUUUCUAGAUGGAAAGUUGAUAAACACACAAAGAAUGUUAAAGUUGGUGAGGCUGCCAAAGUUUUGAGGUUUUUUCCGAUAAUACCCCGAUUGAAAAGAUUGUUUAGAUCAAAAGAAAUGGCUGAAAACUUAAGGUGGCAUUUCACUCAUAAAAAUAUUGAUGGGAAGAUGCGACAUCCAGUGGAUACACCUGCUUGGGAUUCCAUUAAUGAAAGAUGGCCAGAGUUUAAUCUUGAACCACGCAACCUUAGGCUCGGACUAGCUGCUGAUGGAAUUAACCCCUAUAAGAGUCUAAGCUCCACUUAUAGUUGUUGGCCAGUGAUGCUUGUUAUCUAUAAUUUACCACCUUGGUUGUGCAUGAGGGACGAAAAUACAUUUUUGUCAUUAUUGAUUCCAGGUCGUAAACAACCUGGAAACGAUAUUGAUAUUUAUUUGGAGCCUCUUAUUGAAGACUUAAACAAAUUGUGGAAUAAUGGAGUGCAUACUUAUGAAACAUUCGACAAAAGCUUCUUCAAUUUGAAGGCAAUGUUGUUGUGGACAAUAAACGAUUUUCUUGCAUAUGAAAAUCUUGUUGGGUGUACAACCAAAGGCAAGACAGCUUGCCCGAUUAGUGGUAAUGAUACAUGUACAACUAGGCUGAAACAUAGUAAAAAAAUUUCAUACCAAAAUACUAGGAGAUUUCUCCCGUUUGAUCAUACAUAUCGGUCUAAGAAAGCAUGGUUCAAUGGAGCUACAGAAGAAAGAGGCCCCCCUAAAGUUUUGAGUGGCAGUGAAAUUGUUGAAGAACUAAAUCAAAUUACCAACGAUUUUUGA